ACAAAUUUCGCAUUGUUUUUCUUGUAAAUAGUGUAUGCGAUAACCGGCUGUGAGUGAAAUUGCGUGAUAUAUUCAUUUAUCUGAUAAUUAAAAAAUGACAAAACUGAAGCUCUUCAUGAACAAAUAUCUGGUGACAAUCGUUAUGAUUCCGUCGCUAAUCGGGGUACACUGGGGCUGGUACCAGCUGCAGCAGAAUGAUGCCCUUGUUCCGGAGCAUGAACGGCGAGAGAUGCCACUAGCUAAGCUGCUCAGAAAAACCUGGAACUCCACAGUUUCGACGCUAACGGGAUCCGAAAGCUCUUCACUCGAAGCAAAGACCGAUAGUAAAUAACUCGAUGGAAACGGAACAGAGUUACGGAAGGUGUGUGUAAAUAAAAGUUUUUAGUUCUCUAGUAA